AAAUCGGUGGAUUACGCUCAACCCCCAAGACGCGGGUUACGUCGUGCUUUAUUGUGCCACCGAGUUGAUUCCACCUGCUCACCACAGUUGAUUACAUCCGGCCUGCACUCUCAACGGCCCAUUCAUCGCCACCGGGCCCGGCACGAGUCUGCCUGGCCAGCGUCUCUGCCGACGAUGCGAAGCCGUUCAGUGCCGCUGCCGUUCGAUAAAGCCGGCCCAAAUGCCGAGUUGGCGUAAACGCCGUAAAGUGUGUGCGUUUCACAGAUUGUGCAUUUUUAAUGCCAGUCCGUCUUUAAACCGCGCAGGCAGACAGACAAAGCGAGAGAGAGCGAGUAACCGCGAAAUGGAUAGAUAGAUCAUAAUCCGCUUUUCAUUGAAGACUGUUGACGCACCAAGCAUGCUGCCAUGCACGUUACAACACGAAUAUAUACAUACUGCCUGCCUUGUCAUCACGUAAUCAUGCCUCCGUAUCUGAUCAACCUGAAGCCGUGAAGAUGCCCCUAAUUAGUAAUUGAAUCUGCGGAUUUAUUCUGGUGAUUUCUGCCUGUGUGUGAUCCAAUGAACAACCACUUCCACUCCAGCCCGAGUGCCUCGGCCAACAAGGGAAAAUCGGGUAAACAUCCGCCGAGCGGUGCACACUAUGCGGCCGCUUCGUCGACGCAUCAUCCGCAUCCGCAGCGGUCGUCCGUGCACAAUGCUAAUCACGCGGUUAAUGCCAAUGUCAGCAAUAAUGAGCACGACGCCACCUCCACAUCCUCCACCAGCACCUCCCUCUUCUCCCACAGUACGCAGGCCUCACGGGAUCUCGAGGCGCUCGUCCGCAUGGGAUUCCCCAAAGACCGAGCGGAGAAAGCCAUCGCGUGGACCGGUGAUAUCGGAGUGGCGGCGGCGGUUAACUGGAUUCUGGCGCAUAAAGACAAUCCGUAUUUGAAUAAGAAAGAGCAGCGCGAGUAUCUUGUGUAUUUAUGCCCAUCCGGACCACUUCUCGAGCACAUCCACACCUUCCUGGAGCGGACGGCACAGCAGUGCGGACUCAACGGGGCUCAUUUGCAUUUGAGCCACAUCACCAUGUGCCACGGUUUUAAGGCCGAUGACAGCCAGAUCCCCGUGAUUCUCAAGCACAUGCGCAGCGCCUACCAGCGCAUCGCCGAUCGAUUACCGGAUAAAUUAAUUCUGGAUCGAUACGCAUCGGAGAACUUCAUCGGAUUAUUCCUGGAUAAUCAGUCGGAGCGGAUUCUCAAGGAAUACUCGCAGUGUCUCAUUCAGGAAUUACAGAGCACCAGCGAUCAGGAUAUCGGGCAGACGAGCAAGAAGGCCUUCCACCUGACCCUGGCCUACCAGUUCGCGCCGGGGGACUACGAUGCCGUGCUGAACCUGGCCAAGCGCAUUGAUCUCAAGGCGCCCUGCCACUGGCACUUCCGUCUCUACUCCCGCGAUCCCCGCUUCAAUACGCACGAGGUGUACGAGAUGGCCGGUGAAUGGCACAAUAAUCCCGAAGUGGACGAUCUACUGCACUUUGCCAGCGGCGAUUACCUGUACGUCUCGCCCAAGGAGAACGAAACGCACGGCUCCCCGACCGGUUACGUGUACGGUCACAGCUGGGCCAGCGGGCUCUCGGGGCGGGCGCCGCUGUCGCAUCUGCACAAGUGCUUCGACUCCGACGUGUGGAUUCUGCACGGGAGUAUCCCCUACAAUACACGCGGACAACUGGACGAGGAGGACAUGGUCAGCAAUAUUGAGAUGAUGCAUUACCCUCCUGCGCAGCGGAAACGCUGGUUAUCCGUGGCGAACGGCAGCAGCAGCGGCGGAGGCGGCGUGCGGGGUGUGGGGACCUCUUUGAGCCGGCUGACGAUGGAAACAGCGACUCCGCGACGCCGGCGCAGCAACGCGGACAGUCACUGCACGGUGUACGUCAUGCGCCACGGGGAGCGGAUGGAUUUUGUCUUCGGCUGGGACUGGAUCAAAAAGUGCUUCGAUACCGACGGGAAUUUCUCGCGGGUGGACCUCAACAUGCCGAAAGCGGUGCCGAAGCGGCGCACCGGCAGUCAGGCGUACAUCCGCGAUCCGCCACUGACGGCCAUCGGACUGCUGCAGGCGCAGAUCACCGGCAAGGCCAUGAAGGACGCCGGCAUCAGCUUCGGCCGCAUCUUCGUCUCCCCCGCCCUCCGCUCCGUCCAGACCGCCACCGCCGUGCUGGAGUCGGUCUCCUGUCCGGAACGGCGGCCCAUUAAAUUAUGUGUCGAACCGGGACUGUACGAAUGGUUGGGUUGGGUGAAGGAAGGUCAUCCGGAGUGGCUGACGGCGGCGGAACUGCACGCCUUCGGCAUCCCGGUGGACCUCGACUACCGGCCGGUCUUCGAGGUCAAACAGCUCAACUACGAGGAGACCACGGAAGAAUAUUACAUGCGCAACGGCCUCGUGGUGAAACGGGCCCUGGAAGCCUGUGGGCAUGAAGGCGGGAAUCUCUUGUUUGUGGCGCAUGCGUCCAGCCUGGAUACAUGUACCCGGCAGCUGGUGGGCGGGGCGCCGCGCAACCAAUUCGACAUGAACAAGGUGACGCAGCGCGUGCCGUACUGCGCCGUGGUCACCUGCGUGCAGGAGGCGGUCACUAACAGCGGCAGUCACGGGAAUCACGGCGUCAACUGGUUGCUGAAAAAUCCCCCGUUCCCCUCGCUCACCCACGGCGGAAACAUCCGCUUCAACGCCGUACAGACCUUCACCGGCCCCGUCGACCGGCUGAAUAUCAAUAAUUCCUGAUUCAAAUGUGGAUGGAAAAUAAAUGGAAAAUAUUUCCGAAAUAAAUGGGAAAUAAUUCCGGAAUAAAUUCCUACAUAAAUGGGAAUACUUCCUGAUUCAAAUGUGGAUGGGAAAAUAAAUGGAAAAUAAUUCCCCGGAUGAUCGGUGUGCGGGAAUUUGCAUUUCUCCAUUUUUCUGGCCAAUGUGUGUGCUUUAAACUGUGAUAGACGCCUGUUGUGGAAAAGUGCGGAAUUUGUUGAUUUGUUUUUUUACUGGUGGAUAGAGUUUUAAUGUGGUUUAAUUGGAAAAAUUGUUCCGGUGAAGGCCGGUGCUGGAAUGAAAUUUUAUCUAAUAAAACU